AAAACAAACUUCCCUCAAUCGCAUUUACUGCAAACGCCAAACGCGGAAAAGCGCUUUUUCCUUGCGUUUCGGUUCGUGUAACUGUAACGACGUUUAGAUCGCAAUAAUCUCAGCAGAUGAACAAACACACUCUCUAAGUUAAUAGAGUACACAACGAACGAUACGCACGGAUCGUCCUCGUCGUCGUCUUCACCUUCCAAGCGACGAAUCAAACCCGAGAUUAUAUGGCGGCGACUAAGGCGGCAUCGUCUCCAAGCCUUCCCAAAUCCGGAGCCAUCUCCAAAGGCUACAAUUUCGCUUCCACUUGGGAACAGAGCGCUCCUUUGACAGAGGAGCAACAAGCAGCUAUAGUUUCUUUAUCUCACGCAGUCGCUGAGCGGCCGUUUCCUGCUAAUCUUGUUCAUGAGUACCGCCCCGAGAACAGCUUGUCUGUCUCAGCAGAGGAGACAAACUUGGGAGAUUCUGGAGCAAUUGAAGCUGUUUUGGUUAAUACGAAUCAGUUUUACAAAUGGUUUACUGAUCUUGAAUCAGCGAUGAAGUCUGAGACAGAGGAAAAGUAUUUGCACUAUGUCAAUACUUUAAUUGAGCGUAUCCAGACGUGUGAUAAUAUACUCAACCAGGUUGAUGAAACGCUUGACCUAUUUAACGAACUGCAGCUGCAACAUCAAACAGUAACAACAAAGACUAAAACUCUUCAUGAUGCAUGCGACCGACUGUUAAUGGAGAAGCAGAAAUUGAUGGAGUUUGCAGAAGCACUAAGGAGUAAGCUCACCUAUUUUGAUGAACUGGAGAAUAUAUCCUCCAAUUUUUACUCUCCAAAUAUGAAUGUAUCAAACUCUAACUUUCUCCCACUACUGAAACGGCUCGAUGAGUGCAUCUCGUACAUCGAAAGUAAUCCCCAAUAUGCGGAGUCGAGUGUUUAUUUGCUCAAAUUUCGUCAGCUACAGUCACGCGCCUUGGGCAUGAUUAGAACUUACAUCCUUGCAGUGCUCAAAACUGCCGCUUCCCAGGUUCAGGCAGCCUUUCGCGGGGCAGAUGGAAACAAAGCAUCUGUCUCAGAGAGUGUCGAGGCAUCUGUUAUAUAUGUUCGCUUCAAGGCUGCUGCAAGUGAGCUUAAACCUGUACUGGAGGAAAUCGAGAGUAGGUCAGCAAGAAAGGAAUAUGUUCAAAUCCUUGCAGAAUGCCACAGACUAUACUGUGAACAGCGGCUUUCUCUUAUCAAAGGCAUAGUUCACCAACGAGUAUCUGAUUUCUCCAAGAAAGAGGCACUGCCAUCUUUGACUAGAUCUGGUUGUGCAUAUCUGAUGCAGGUUUGUCAAAUGGAGUAUCAACUGUUUACUCAUUUCUUUCCAGCAUCAUCAGAAGAAGUUUCGAGUCUGGCACCUCUAGUGGAUCCUUUGUCUACGUACUUAUAUGACAUUUUACGCCCGAAACUGAUUCACGAGGCAAAUAUUGACCUUCUAUGUGAGCUUGUUCAUAUCCUUAAAGUCGAAGUCUUGGGAGAGCAGUCCGCUAGACAGAUUGAAACCCUGGCUGGACUGCGACCUACACUACAAAGAAUUCUAGCCGAUGUUAACGAGAGAUUGACUUUUCGUGCCAGAACAUAUAUUCGAGAUGAGAUUGCAAAUUAUAUUCCCUCUUAUGAAGAUCUGGAUUACCCUGGAAAGCUGGAAGGAUCUGCUAAUACGCCAUCUGAUACCAAUCUCGAGGCGCAGGAUGAUGAAAACGCUGAUGUAUUCAAGACUUGGUAUCCACCUCUGGAGAAGACUCUCUCUUGUCUAUCUAAAUUAUAUCGUUGCUUGGAGCCUGCAGUUUUCACCGGAUUAGCACAGGAAGCUGUUGAAGUUUGCUCUUUGUCAGUUCAAAAAGCCAGCAAGCUUAUCAUUAAGCGAACAACUACAAUGGAUGGCCAGCUGUUCCUUAUCAAGCAUCUUCUUAUUUUGAGAGAACAGAUUGCACCGUUUGAUAUAGAAUUUUCAGUCACCCACAAAGAGCUUGAUUUCUCCCAUUUGCUGGAACAUCUGAGGAGGAUACUUAGAGGUCAAGCGUCACUGUUUGAUUGGUCUAGGUCAACCUCUCUAGCAAGGACCCUGUCACCUCGAGUUAUGGAGAGCCAAAUAGAUGCCAAGAAGGAACUAGAAAAAUGUCUUAAGACAACUUGUGAGGAGUUCAUCAUGUCAGUCACUAAGCUAGUUGUGGAUCCUAUGCUUUCAUUCUUAACCAAGGUGACAGCCAUAAAAGUUUCCCUUUCUUCUGGAACUCAGAAUCAAAAAGCUGACUCUGUGAUGGCUAAGCCGCUAAAGGAACAAGCUUUCGCUACUCCAGAUAAGGUGGCUGAACUUGUUCAGAAGGUAUAUGCUGCAAUACAGCAAGAGUUACUUCCGAUUUUAGCAAAAAUGAAACUCUAUCUGCAGAAUCCAUCAACAAGGACCAUACUUUUCAAGCCGAUCAAGACAAAUAUUGUGGAAGCUCAUACACAAGUGGAGUCUUUGCUCAAAGCCGAGUACUCAGCUGAAGAACAAGCUAGUGUCAAUAUGAUAUCCAUUCAGGAUCUGCAAACUCAACUCGACAACUUGCUUUAAAGUCUUGGGCUCAAUCAACGGUCUUUGAUUUGGACACUUGUCUGUAUUAUAUAAAGAUUUCUACUUCUUUUUCUUACCAAGUUUAGCUAUUUACAAGAGACAAUAAAUAAAUAUAGGGAAAAUCGCAUAAAAAACCUUCAAAGUGUCACUUACUAGCA